CCCGAACGCAGAAGGCGGUCUCGAAGAGCCGCCGGUGGUUCACACACGAAACCCAAAUUCCAACCCGACUUCUCCAGCCAGAGCCAGGAACCCAAGCGAAUCGAGAGCCCUUACCUUGAGCUCCCCCCCCCAUGGCGUCGACGUGGUGCCUAUCCGCCCCGCCAGUGGCGGCGGCUCCAUGCGCUCUCGGCGCCUCCGCCUCCGCCUCCGGGGGCGUCGCCCUCGCGCGGGUGGCUGUCCCCGUCAGGAGGCGCCGCAGGUGGGACGCGCUCGUGGUCUGCAUGGCCCCUGAUGAGGAGAAGAUUACGCGGCGCUCGCCCCUCGAUUUCCCCAUCGAAUGGGAGAGACCAAAGCCUGGGAGGAGACCUGAUAUCUUCCCAAAGUUCAGCCCUAUGAAGACACCGUUGCCCCAUCCAUUACCAGCUGAUGAUCCUCUCGAUGACGAUGAAGAAGAGGAAGAGGAAGAACAACCACCUCAGGAGGAACCACAAGAGGAUGAUCCAGACAAGGAAGAACCUGAGGAAGAUGACCCGGACAAGCCAACUGAGUAAUUUUGGAUGAUCUGGCUGUAGUAGAUAGACACUGGGCCAAACAAAUGUGCCAUAUCUUUGGAGAAUGUAAGAUAUAUCAGUUCAGUUUGAACUGUUAGUUCUGCUGGCUAUAUAGGCUCUAGACACAAAGUUUGUUUGUUUUUUUGAACGGAUAGACACAAAGUUUGUUAUGAUCACCUUUGAGCUUUUCUGAAGCUAUGAAAGUUUGUUCGACGAUUACAAA